CGAACCCAAAUUUGAAAGAGGCUGGAAACUCGUCAUACUUCCUCUUUAUGGGCUGGCAGACUGGUUUUGGCUGCAGUUCAGCACAGAAGAUGGACCUGGACCCGGUUCAGCCAUCUCUAUUGACAACAUCUCUUUCAGUAUGGACUGCUUCCUGGCAUCCAACGGUGAGUUUCCACCAGUGGUCACCAGUUCAACCAGGCUGCCGUUUACACCAAUCAACAGGACUACACCCCCGUCCAUUGGAAGCCCUUUGAUGAACUUCCCCACCACUGAUUACUCCAAGAAAUGGAUUUUUCAUACCUGUGGGGCUGCGGGCCCUGAAGGCCCAACUCCCACUCAGUGCCUCAACUCCUACAGGAACAGCAAUGUCAACGUGACAGUCGGCACCCGAGGGCCCUUCAAAGGCAUUCAGAUGUGGCGGGUCCCGGAAACUGGCACAUACAGGAUCACAGCCUACGGUGCAGCCGGAGGUCGAAGCGUGUUGGCCAUGAGUAGGUCACAUGGUGUUUACAUCACAGGAGACUUCCCGCUGAGGAAGGGUGAGCUUCUCUACGUCCUGGUGGGACAGAAAGGAGAGGACGCAUGCCCCAAUUCCAACGGCAUGCUGAAUAAGAUCUGCCUGGAACAGAGCGGCCCGAUGGUGAACAAAACCCAAGUGAAAGGGGGCGGAGGAGGAGGUGGCGGGGCUACAUAUGUGUUCAAGGUGGAAAAAGAGGUGUAUAUCCCCCUCAUCAUCGCUGCUGGGGGAGGCGGCCGGGGCUACAGCAGUCUAUCAGAGACCCAGCUGGAGCAGAUGGACUAUGACCCCAGCCAACAGGGACGCAGCGGGAAGUCAAAUGCUGCAGGUGGAGGCGGAGGUUGGAACGACAGCAUGCCUGUCAGUCAGGGUGGCAGGCCGCUGGUGCUCGGAGGCCAGGGAGGGCAGGCCUGUCAAAAGUUCUGGCAGACCCGCGGUGGCUUCGGGGGCGGCGGGGGUGGCUGCAUGUCCGGGGGCGCCGGUGGAGGCUACAGAGGUGGCAACACAUCCAUAGAUAACAACCCCAAACACGAUGGUGACGAUGGCACAUCUUUCCUCGGCCCAGAGGGAGAUCCCUUCCUCUACCCUCUGAAAGCUAUGGAGGGGGAUGGCGAGGUGAUCAUCAGCCCAGUGCAGAACUGCAGUCACUGUGAGAGCGGUGAAUGCCACGAGACAGGGGAUGGUAUUGUCUGCUACUGUGAUGAUGACCUUAUCCUGGCACCAGACCAGGUGUCCUGCAUCAACGCUACAGAGGUGUCCCUGCUGCCGCCCCAGCCAUCUCUGUCCCACCUGGCGCUGGGUCUGUCUGUGGGCACUUCGGCCCUCAUCGCCGCCCUGCUGCUGGCUGUGUCUGGAGUCAUGAUAAUGUACAGACGUAAACACACAGAGCUGCAGUCUAUUCAGUUGGAGUUGCAGAGUCCAGACUGCAAGCUCAGUAAGCUGCGGGCGUCCACCAUCAUGACCGACUACAACCCCAACUACUGCUUCGCUGGAAAGACAGCGUCGGUCAACGACCUGAAGGAAGUGCCGCGGCGUAACAUCUCCCUCACCAGGGGUCUGGGUCAUGGUGCUUUCGGUGAAGUCUAUGAAGGGCUGGCAGUGGGGAUACCAGGUGAACCAAGUCCACUGCAAGUGGCAGUCAAAACCCUUCCUGAAGUUUGCUCUGAGCAAGAUGAAUUGGACUUCCUCAUGGAGGCUCUAAUUAUCAGUAAGUUUAGCCACCAGAACAUUGUGCGUUGUAUAGGAGUCAGUCUGCAGGCCAUGCCCAGGUUUAUCCUGCUGGAGCUGAUGGCCGGAGGAGAUCUCAAAUCUUUCCUGAGGGAGACCAGACCUCGGCUGGAGCACCCUUCCAGCCUGACUAUGGUGGACCUUCUCAAUGUGGCCAGAGACAUCGCUAAGGGUUGCCAAUAUUUGGAGGAGAACCAGUUUAUACACAGGGACAUUGCUGCUCGAAAUUGCCUACUGACCUGCAAAGGAUCGGGCCGCGUAGCCAAGAUUGGAGAUUUUGGGAUGGCUCGAGACAUUUACAGAGCAAGCUAUUACAGGAAGGGUGGGCGUGCCAUGCUGCCAGUGAAGUGGAUGCCACCUGAGGCCUUCAUGGAGGGCAUCUUUACAUCCAAAACAGACACAUGGUCGUUUGGGGUUUUGCUGUGGGAGAUCUUCUCGUUGGGCUACAUGCCAUAUCCAAGUCGCAGCAACCAGGAAGUGCUGGAGUUUGUUACCAAUGGUGGGAGAAUGGAUCCACCGAAAAAUUGCCCUGGGCCGGUGUAUCGCAUAAUGACUCAGAGUUGGCAGCAUCAGCCUGAAGACAGGCCUAACUUUUCGACCAUCCUGGAGAGAAUUGACUACUGCUUACAGGACCCAGAUGUGGUGACUAUGCCCCUGCCUGUAGAGUAUGGACCCAUCCCUGAAGAGGAGGAGCGUGUGCCCACACACUCUGAUGACCCUUCAGCCCCAACUGUGUUAGUGAAUGCCCAGGUGCCUGAUGGGGAGGUUCCACAGCCGCCUCCAUCAUAUCCUACAGAGGAGAUCCGGAGAGGUGGGGAGCACGCUGUGGUGACCAGCACAGCAUCGGAGGCCAAAGCACAGAUGUCGUCCCAGCCUCCGCCAUGCCUCCACCAGCACCAGCAGCCUCACACACAGACCUCCAUCUCCAUGACAACCACCAACACAGUCACCUCCACAGCCACCUCUACACUCACUGCCAAGGGACCUCAUGUCACCACCCAGCCAGGCCCAGAAGGGGGCCACAUUAACCUUGCGUUCACCCAGGGCCACCCGCCGGAAAAGGAGGGACACAACGGGAAGAGCACCAGCCUGUGGAACCCAACGUACGGCUCGUGGUUCCUGCAGCAGAGGAAGCAGCAGCAGCAGAGGCAGACAGGGGUGGGGGGAGCGGGAGGGAGCAGCGGCAGGGUGCCCGGCGAGGGGCAGGAGCAUGUUGGCCGGACUGUAGCUGAGGUGGCGGGGGCGCUGGGUCUCCAGCAUCAGCACAAGCAGUUCCAGCAUCAGCUCCAGCAGCAGCAUCAGCUUCAACAGCAGCACCAACUCCAGCUGCUGCACCAUCAGCAGCAGCAGCAGGGUCUCUGCAGACCUCUGUUACCCCCACCGCCACCUCCGGCUGCCCAGUCACCUCUGCUUUUAGAUUCAGCCGCCCUGCCCCCGGUUCCCCUCUAUAGACUGAGACGGUUCCCCUGUGGGAACAUCGGCUAUGGCUACCAGGAGCAGGGUCUGCCAAUGGAGGCCACCCACGGUAACCCCAACCCCCCUCCUCCACCCCCUACACCCCAGCAGGGCAUCUCCAUGUCCUCCUCAGCAGCCCACCAGAGAGGGGCCCCCAUUCCCACCUCAGUGUCCCUAAGUCGGUCAGGUAUGUCUGAGGACAGCCGUCCACUUCUAGUCACCAUGGGGACAGUACAGGACCCCAGGCUGCCCAGGAUGGAGGGCCACAAUGCCACCGUGCUUUAG